AUGAGCGAACCGGCUGCUAAGACCAAUGAAAAUGAAUCCGGUGACGACUAUUUAUCCCAGGACGAAGAAGUCUUUGAUGGAAACGACAUUGAGAACAACGAGACCAAAGUGUAUGAGGAAUCCCUGGAUUUGAACUUGGACAACAGUUCGAAACAGAUUUGGCUGGUACGGUUACCUAGGUUUUUAGCAGAGAAAUGGAGAAAUAAAUCGAAUCUGGAUGGUCAAGAGUUGGGCAAAAUUAGAAUCAGCAAGAAUAACCAAAAUAUCCAGUUGAUCCUGAACGAAAACGAUAACGAUCAAAUCCCUCAUCAAUACGACUUGGAACUCACUAAGAAACUGGUUGAAAACGAGUACAUAUUCACGGAACAGAACUUGAAGAAAUUCCAGCAACGUGAACAGGAACUGGCACAGGACCCGGAAAAACAGAAACAGGCGUAUAUGCGCAAACAAGAACGUGAAGAAGAACAACGUAAACGGUUGCAACAGACCAGGAGGCGGAAUAACCGCCGGAGAUUCCAAAAUCGGGUUAUGACUGAUCAGGACGGUCGUGAUCGGUAUAUUCCAUAUGUUAAGACAAUUCCCAAGAAGACCUCCAUAAUGGGUACCAUUUGUCACGAAUGCCAUGUAAUUCCGUCUAUGACGGACCCCAAUUACCACAAAAUCGUCGAACAACGUCGUCAGAUCGUGCGUAACGUGCACAAACCCACAGUCACCGUAUUGGAUCAAACUCCAGGUGUAACAAUGAGCAAUGCGGGUAUGUCAAUGCGUUCAGACACGUCGAAUUUCUUGAAAGUUGGGCGUGAAAAGGCCAAGAACAGUGUACGUGCGAUCCGGAUGCCCAAGAAGGAAUUGCUAGAUUAUUUGUUUAAACUUUUCGACGAGUACGAUUAUUGGUCUCUCAAGGGUCUUAAAGAACGUACCAAGCAACCGGAGGUAUAUCUUAAGGAAUGUCUGGACCAAGUGGCCAUCCUGGUAAAGAAGGGUCCCUACGCUCUGAAAUAUACUUUGAAAACUGAAUACAAGAAACUGAAAGAGGCCGAAAGAGCAGCUAGGCUCGGCGAGCUGGCUAAAGACGACGAAGAAGAAGAAGAACAACUCAACCCAGAAGACGAAGCAGAGAUGGAAGACGUGUUGUAA